GUACCUAUCCCUUCAUAUUUUCCGCAGAAGUAUUGUUGGAUUCCAUCCAUCAUUCCUUCAUCUUUCAUCUCUCGAAUCAAUUGAUCCAGGUGAUAUAGAAUACAAAUACAAUACAGUCUGCUCACCUUGUCCCAACCAUCUUUACGUUCUUCUAUGAAGCAACAGUCAGUCAGUACGUCCUCCAGCUGAAAUCUAUCACGAUCAGUCAAGAUGAUUCAGACUCCACGGUACCUCUCGUUUCUUCUCGUUUGUGCAUCAAUUCUCCUCCUCCUCGGGACGCUGCACAUGUCGGGUGACAAGGUCCCCAAAGUGCUCUCUCCGAUAAACCCAUGGUCUAGUUCUCCACAAUCCGAUGGUCAGAAAGCCUCGAAUAAACCGAUCUUUGGAAGCAAGAACCACGACAACCGACCCACGUUCACGGAUUUGGCUCACAAAAGUGGUACUGAUAAGGUGACGACUCACAAUUACGGUUUGCUGUACGACAAGUACCUUGCACAGUUCCGCGAUGAGUCUGUAAAAAUGAUUGAGAUUGGUUUGGGAUGUGGCAUGCCUUACGGACCCGGCGCUUCUUACCCCAUCUGGACCACGUACUUCCCGACUAUCCAACUCAACAUUGUCGAGUACGAUGAGGAAUGCGGUUCUGUCUGGGCGGCCCAGAACCCAGAAGCCGUCAUCUUCUUCGGGGACCAGUCUUCUGUGCCGUUUCUCCACCACGUUGGCGCCGAGGUCACAGCUGAUAGGCUGGUGGACAUCAUUGUCGACGACGGCGGCCAUACUAUGGACCAGCAAACGACGUCUCUUCAGGAGCUAUGGCCGUAUCUUCGUCCUGGCGGCGUCUACUUCGCCGAGGAUUUGCAAACAAGCUUCAUGGAUAAGUACGGUGGCGACAGUACCAGGACCAAUCUCAACAAGAAAACCUUUAUCCGCUGGAUUCACGAGCUUGUUGACGAUAUAAUGUCUUCACCGGAGGGAAUUACACCAAAAAACGCUUGGUCGUCAGAAAUUGCAAGCAUCGACUGUAUGGCAGAGAUGUGCGUGUUGACCAAGAAGGAGAAGGGCGAGAGGUAAAGAAAAUAGAUAGAUAGAUGCAUGGGUAUUGAUGUUUACCCGUGCGUGGAUAGAAUGCUAUUAUGAAGCCUCGUCACUGGCCAUUGGACUUUAAGUCUACCGAUUCUUACCACGACGUUAGUUCCCAGUUUUCUUUUGCCACCAGUUGGAGCACACAACAGGGUAUAUAAGAAUAGGAGUGAAGGAUACUUAAUCAUAUAACACUAAAGACGUGAAAG